AAAACUCACCACGAUGAAACAAAACGAUAUGUUCCCGUAACAAAUGACAAAAAACCACCGCGAAACCCUCGUAAACGCACAACGGCCACCGUCAACGGCGGCAGCUCCGCCACCGUCGACGAAGCGUGGCCGCGAGGAUACUAACGACCACGAUCAAGUGUCGCUAACCGCGGCGGAAGUGCAGCCGAUAAAGCGUCGCGCAGUGUUAGGUCAAGAUGUUUUGUUCCGGAUAUUAUUGCCGUCGAAACAGAUCGGAAAAGUGAUCGGUAGAGGAGGACACCGGAUUCAGAAGAUUAGAGAUGAUACUAAAGCGAAUAUUAAGAUCGCUGACGCCAUUGCGCGACAUGAGGAGCGUGUAAUAAUCAUAAGCUCUAAAGAUAGCGAGAACAAUGUUACCGAGGCAGAGAAUGCACUCCACCAAAUUGGCUCUUUGGUUCUCAUGGAUGAUAAUAAUACUGAAGGACAGAAAGUUUCAACAGGACAUGUAGCAGCAAACACAAUAAGACUGUUAAUUUCUGGUUGCCAAGCUGGCAGAUUGAUUGGGGUAUCUGGUCAAAACAUUGACCAACUAAGGAAUUCAUCUGGUGCAACCGUUACUGUACUUGCUCAAAAUCAGUUGCCGUUAUGUGCAUCUGCUCAUGAAUCUGAUCGAGUUGUGCAGAUAUCUGGAGACGUUCCUGCAGUACUGAAGGCACUGGUAGAGAUUGGAUGUCAACUAAGGGAUAAUCCACCUAAACAAAUAAUCUCCAUUAGCCCGACCUAUAAUCUUGGUUUCAUGCGUCGGCCACCUCAGCAAUAUGUGGACCCUUCUUCAGCUGAAUAUGUAACACUGGAGAUGAUGAUUUCCGAGACCUGUAUUGGCGGAUUAAUUGGGAGAUGUGGAUCAAACAUAUCAAGGAUCAGAACGGAGUCGGGAGCAACAAUUAAAGUUCAUGGGGGGAAAGGUGAAAAUAAACAUAGACAAAUUCAUUUAGGUGGUAGUGCUCAACAGGUUGCACUGGCAAAGCAGAGAGUUGAUGAGUACAUAUACACACAGAUGAUGGAGCAAACUGGUGGUCAGCAUUCAAUGAUUAAUGAUCAGGUGGCAUUGAUGGCAGCAGCCCAAGCUCCACCUAUGUUCUACCCACCACAAGCUACUCUGCCUUUACCCUAUUAUGGUGCACGAAACCCUUAUGCACCCCAUCUUUAGGUUCAGGAUCAGCCUCUCUAUGUUAGUGUGGUGUUUGUAAUACAAGAUAAAUUGUUAUGUAUAUUUGUCUAAAAUUUAACGAACUUCUCUUUUAAAGAAUCGGCCGAUAAAGGGGUGCCAGAUAGCAGCUGUCUGGCACUAUUCCCCCUUAUGGUUUAUGUAGUUAUAGAUAAUAGAUAAUAGUAAUAAUAAUAUAUAGUUUUUUUCAUA